CAUCUAAUUGCAUCUUCGUCGAUCAUGGCAGACAUCGGUCGUGGCCCAACUGUUCUUGUUUCUCCAAAGCUUCAAUAUCAAGCCUACACCCAUCUUAAUCCGAGCAUAUCUCCUUAUACAUCCAAAGGUUUCUCAUCGGCCCAAGCCCAGGAGGACGACAAAAGUACUACACCGACUAUCUCGCCUGGUCCCCGUGGUAUUAGCACUGCGGGAGGAACUCCUCUUAGCAGCGGUAAUAAUAUAUUCCCUCAAGAUUCUUCUACUGAGUAUCUCUGUCCGCCUCCGACCUGCCCGGCUAAAUCCGAUGGAUCUCCGAUAAAAUUAAACUAUAGUUUGCAAUUAGCACCUCCAAGGCCUCAUGAUGCUGAAAAGCACUCACCACUCCAUACAGCGAAUGAGUAUUUCGAUGCAGAUGUCUACACCGUACGGACGCCGCAAGUAUCGCCUAUGGCAUCACAAGGUGGGAAUGAUGCGUAUGUAGAUACGCAGGGCUUAUUCGACGAUGUCCAGCAGCUAGAAGGCAGUGCCGAACCAGGAGAGCAAGUCGAGGCCAGAGCCACCGUUCUAGUUAAUGAAUCCACUACCGAUGCCGGAUACGAAUCAGAUUCAGCAACAACGGUAUCUACCUCGGUAUCUUCAAGCAUAUGGGAUUUUUCCUUUGAAAACGGUAGGAGAUACCACAAGUUUAGGGAAGGCCGAUACAACUUCCCAAAUGACGAUGUUGAACAGGAGCGGGAGGAUAUGAAGCAUGCUAUGGUAAAGUUGUUAUGUCAAGAGCUACACUUUGCGCCCAUUGGAGACAAUCCACAUGAGAUACUUGAUGUGGGAACAGGUACUGGAAUCUGGGCGAUCGAGAUGGGCGAUGCGUAUCCUAGCGCAAACAUUCUUGGUGUCGACCUGAGUCCCAUUCAACCGCAAUGGGUACCGCCUAAUGUCCGAUUCAUGGUCGACGACGUGGAAAGCGAGUGGCUGCAUCCGCUAAAUCACUUCGACUAUAUACAUUCUCGACAUACAAUCAUGGCUAUAAAGGACUGGGACCAAUUGCUAAAGACUGCCUACGAACAUUUGAAACCCGGCGGCUGGUUGGAGCUACAAGAAAUCUAUCAUUUCCCCAUGAGCAGUAACAAUACCCUGGAAGAGGACCACCCGGUCGCCCAAUACUGGAAAUACGUGGACGAGGGACUUGAGAGUCUCGGUGUUAACUUCAGAUUUUCGGAUGAAGGUCGGAUAGCGGCUUUGAUGCGACAGUGCGGAUAUGUCAACGUAACUGAACGCGUCUUCCACGUACCCAUAGGCACGUGGCCGAAAAACAAGAUCCUAAAGAGCGUAGGACUAUAUUGGAAGACGAUCCUUCUGGAUGGAAUUCAAGCCAUAGCACUCGGACCGAUGACUAGAGGCCUUCAAUGGAGAAGAGAGCAGGUCGAGGCCUUCCUAAUUUCUGUGCGGAAGGGGUAUCAUGACAACUCAUUGCUGUUGUACAUGCCACUGGUCUGCGUUUACGGCCAGAAACCCGGAAGCCAGUGACCAGAGUACUAGGUACUGUUCUCC